CUCGUCCACGCCCGCGCCGCACGCUAGCCGGCUCGCUCUCCCACGCAGGCGGAAUGCAGCAGAGCCCCGGGAGCGUGUCUCCGGCCGCUGCCUGAAUGCACCUCGCUCCCGGGAGCCGGACGGCCCAGUAGGGCGCACCGGAGGACGCUCCGCCACCAGAGCCUGGACAGUCGCGGAUGGUGCAGCCUCGCUACAUGGUGUAAGAAAUGGCUGUAGGAAGCAACACCCAGCGAAGUUAUUCCAUCAUCCCGUGUUUUAUAUUUGUUGAGCUUGUCAUCAUGGCUGGGACAGUGCUGCUUGCCUACUACUUCGAAUGCACUGACACUUUUCAGGUGCAUAUCCAAGGAUUCUUCUGUCAGGACGGAGACUUAAUGAAGCCUUACCCCGGGACAGAGGAAGAAAGCUUCAUCACCCCUCUGGUGCUCUAUUGUGUGCUGGCUGCCACCCCAACUGCUAUUAUUUUUAUUGGUGAGAUAUCCAUGUAUUUCAUAAAGUCAACUAGAGAAUCUCUGAUUGCCCAGGAGAAAACCAUUCUAACCGGAGAAUGCUGUUACCUGAACCCCUUACUCCGGAGGAUCGUACGAUUUGUAGGGGUAUUUGCAUUUGGACUUUUUGCUACUGACAUUUUUGUAAACGCCGGACAAGUAGUCACUGGGCACCUAACGCCGUACUUCUUGACGGUGUGCAAGCCAAACUACACCAGUACAGACUGCAGAGCCCACCACCAGUUCGUCAGCAAUGGGAACAUUUGUACCGGGGACCUGGAAGUGAUCGCAAAGGCUCGGAGAUCCUUUCCCUCCAAACACGCUGCUCUGAGCGUUUACUCCGCCUUAUACGCCACGAUGUACAUCACAAGCACAAUCAAGACGAAGAGCAGUCGACUGGCCAAGCCAGUGCUGUGCCUCGGGACCCUCUGCAUGGCCUUCCUGACGGGCCUCAACCGGGUCUCCGAGUACAGGAACCACUGCUCCGAUGUGAUCGCAGGCUUCAUCCUGGGCACUGCUGUAGCCCUGUUUCUGGGAAUGUGUGUGGUCCAUAACUUUAAAGGAACGCCAGAGUCUACUUCCAAACCCAAACCCGAGGAUCCCCGUGGAGUGCCCCUGAUGGCUUUUCCAAGGAUAGAAAGCCCUCUGGAGACCUUGAGUGCACAGGUAUCGUACAGCAGUUUCAGCAAACCAGAUCCCCAGGCUCAGCCCUGUUCUCUUGGGAGGCCAGCCGAUCCAUUGGUCUUCUCGAAAGCAGGACACCGCUGCAUCUACCCAGCAGCAGUAAAACACGAGAUAACGAAGGCCCUCAAGACCUUCACAGCUCCCCUCAAUUAGUCCUGCAUUUAUUCUGAUGCUUGGCCAUCACGAAUCCUCUGGAAGUUCUUAGUAAUGUCGAACUUAAGCCUCAUCUGCUUUAGGAUUCCUUGGCCUCCAGUCUAAUUCCACAGUUAGGAAAUUUGGACCAAUCGUGUGGGAAGUCAAGCUGGUUUAUGAAUUAGGACAAUAUUUGGGAAAAAAGGUUUUAUUAUAUCUAGUGACAGAUGUAAACUAGAAGCACAUUUAAAAGGUUAUCAACAAAUCGAUGUUAGUGUCCUUUUGGAUCUGUUUUGAUGACAACCAUCAAAAAUUCAAUACAGCGAUACUUACUGGUCACUCACUUACACCAGGACCUUGUCUCAUGCCAGGGGUACAGAAAAUAAUUAGCCACACCGUCCUUGCCCUGAAAGAACUCACAGAUGAUUAGGAAAGGACACAAGUGAGUGUCCGUAACUGGGCAAUGCUGAGUCAGAGGCCCAAAAUCCGCCGUGUGAACACAGAUGAACAAAAAUCUGUUCUAUCUGAGAAGACAAGGCGCCCUGGAGGAGGCUCGCUCGCUGAAAGGAGCCUGGGCAGAUGGCAUUAUUCACGCACAUUAUUCACAGUUCUCCAGGUGCUUUACGACUACAUUCUUAUUUGAACAAAAACCUAUUGAACCAGUAGUAGAAUUCCCAUUUCCAGGUAAAAGAUAGGAAUACGAAAGAUCAAGAAGUUAAACUACUUGUCCAAGGCCACGCACGUAGCAUGUCAGAGAGCUGGAUGGGGAGCUGUUUAAGCAGACAGAAAGGGGUGUGGCUAAUAAUAAAACAGGGUUUUUGUAAUCUGUAUAUCUUGAAAUCUUGUACAGCAGGAUUGUACAGGUCCUACAAGGGAAAAGCAGAUCACCUCCCCCCGGAAUUAGCAUGUGCUUCACAUCAGUAUAGAGUAAAAAUAUUUUUCACUAUCUCACUAACAGUUAUUAUAGAUCAGAUGUCUCUCUAAGACAGCUAUCCUAUCUAAUUUUAUCAAUAACCCAGAAGAAAACCCAAUAAAGCUCUUUGCACCCCAGGAAAAAUGUUUAGGACUCUCCAUUAAGUCCAGUGCCAAGUAGUUUAUUUGUUUGUUUAUUUUCAUUUAAUCUGUUUUAAGAUAAAAUACAGUAUUUAACGUUCUAAUUAGAAGUAAAGUACUGAAAAAUUUAUUACUGGUUUAUUUAUCUAUAGCGUGUUGAUG